AUGGAGAAUGAGGACGUUGCGAUCUGCUUGUUGUGCAGCCUCCCCAAGAGCUACGAGAACGUCGUUCUCAACUUGGAGAUGAGCAGCGCGGAACUGCGAUCGCGAGACGUCGUGAGAGUGCUCACGAAUGAGCUCAUCAAGAGGCAAGGUGACAAGACGACAUCGGUGAAGACUGAAGACGCGGCCAUGGCGUUCAGUACCGAGCGUGAACCUCGCCAGUGUACAUACUGCGGAAAAUUGGGGCACACGGCGGAGCGGUGCUGGACCAAGCAGAAGGACGAAAAUCAAGAUGGAGCUCGACGCGGCGGCAACAAUGCUCGUGGACGCGGAGCCAACAACGUUCAGUGGCGAAUCAACAGAAACUACGACGACAACUACGAUCGAGUUGCAUUCGCGGUUUCGCUGCAGGCUGGACUUUCGACGGGCAAGAAUAUGCCAGGGAUGUGGGCAGUCGACAGCGGUGCGACGCAUCACAUCUGCAACGACAAAGCCAAGUUUGCAAGUCUGAAUGAGCGAGAGGAAGGCGAACUAUCAGUGGCUGAUGGCAGCAAGGCUGCGAUCAAGGGUGUGGGAACCAUCAUGGAACGGGUGGUUCUGCCCAAUGGUGACGAACGCGACAUCGAGAUUAAGGACGCACUGUUUGUACCAAGUAUGAGCAAGAAUCUGCUUUCGGUGCCACAGAUCAAUAAGGGUGAAGGGUUCCAAGUCGUGUUCGAUGGGUCCAAGAUGCAAGUGAAGCGCAAGAAUUCCACACAAGUCGUGGCAACAGCGGAUCUCGUCGAUGAACUUUACUGGCUGCGGACUCCUCAACGAUCGGCAAAUGCAGCAACACGCAAUGGGACCAUCGACUUGCAUGCUGUUGACGGUCAUCGGUUUCUACCAGUAUUGGUAACCGUGACCGGUCCAAUCUGA